UGCAGCGUGUUAACAAACAGCGGUGUUCGUGCAGCAGCAAGAGCUACAUAAACAACAACAGCAACACACAGCAUCAUUACCGUUGUUACAUGACAGCGAUUUAUGCGCGAGGUUGCCCUUGCGGAGCAGCGUGUUUUUUCAAUUGCAGUGUUGCUUCAAUGCAUUUGCAUGAUUAGCAGGAGCGAAAUAGGUACGAAUAGGUUUAGUUUUGUGUGCGCAGGUUUUGCAGUCAUAGCCCCCCCCCCCCCUGGGCUUGUUCUGCUGCAAUAGACAGGUGUGGACGUAGGAGCAUUCCUACUGAGAAGUGACACCGCCACACCUGCGAAGGGCCUGGAUAUACGUGUACCUGUAGAGCCAGAGAAGAAGGAAGGAGAGCCAUGGACGUGCUGCCCAGCUACAGCAUCUUCCAGGAGCUGCAGAUAGUGCACGACACGGGCUACUUCUCUGCAAUGCCAUCCCUGGAGGAGACCUGGCAACAGAUCUGCCUGGAAAUGGAGCGGUACCUGCAGACGGAGCCCUGCAUGGGAGGCCGGUGCCCGGCGAGCGGCAGUGAUGCCGAGAAGAGUCCCUGGCAGAGAUUUAUCGCCGCCUGCUCCGAGCAGAGCGAGUCUGCUCUCGUCACAGCGACACCCAUCGCAGCUCCGCUGCAGCAGGACCUCGGCGGUGCGGCCGCCACCACCAUUGCCUCUCCCGUCACCAUUCCAGCUACAGCUGCGGCGUCAUCGUUCACGGACGGCAGAGACCCGUGCCUCACGGCGCAUGGCAGUGCGAGCCCCGCGGGAAGCAGCGGAUCCUGGGACUCGGUGCCGUCACCUGGUGCCGAGGAGCGGCUGAGCGAGGCGAGUGGAAGCCUCACGCCGCCAUCGUCGCCCGAGCACUCGGACCUGACCGAACUCAACCUUGGACUAGACGAACGGGCAGAGGCAUGUGCCGAGAUUGACUUGGCUGAGACGGCCGCCCUCCACCAUCAGCAACAGCACCACCUCCAGCUCCACCUCCACCUUCAGCAGCAGUCUCAGCUGCACAUCUCACUGCACGACAGCCACACAGAUAAGUUGCAGGUAAAAGCGAUGACUGUGACUGGCAAAUUAGUGGACCCGGAAGGCUCGCCCGAUGGAAAGAAGAGGAUUCACCACUGUCCCUUCAGUGGCUGUCGGAAAGUUUACACCAAAAGCUCCCACCUGAAGGCCCACCAGCGCACACACACAGGAGAGAAGCCGUACAAGUGCUCUUGGGAAGGGUGCGAGUGGCGCUUUGCGCGGAGUGAUGAGCUCACACGACACUACCGCAAGCAUACAGGAGCGAAGCCUUUCAAGUGCGCACACUGCGACAGGUCUUUCUCCAGGUCAGACCACCUUGCCUUGCACAUGAAAAGACACCUAUGAGCGGGAUAAUGCGGAAGAAGAUAAUGCGGUUGCUGCGCAUUCCAACUGCAGUCAUCCCAGGACAACGUGAAGGAAAAUACGUUGUUUGACUGUAACAAAUACCAUUGGGUCGUGAGGUGGCAAGGCAUCACCGUAUAUUAUAAUCAAACCAACAUACUACUUAACCCUUAAACUAAGUAAAACAUUUGCCAGGCAUUGCUGGCUUGACAAAGGAGCAAGCUGAACAUACUGGCUGGAACAGCCCAGUACCCCAUUAAAGGGUAGAACUUUGAGCAGACACACCUCCAUAUGUAUAAGUAUUAGUUGUGAACUUUGACAUUUCACCGUUGAACUAGCGAACAUUGUUUUCUUUGGAGGACCCACGAUUGGUAUGCACGACUCCUUAAGCCCUCUUUGCCCUCAUCUCGCCAUUUGUCCAAGCCCCUCAAGCCUCAAUUCAAGGAGUGAUGAAGCAAGAUUCAAUGAGAGGAUCUCUACGUGACCCUUUGUUAAGAAUGCGAUGUCACUCCUUGCCUGGAAUGAGCGGAUGAAUGGGCUCUGAUCUGUCAUUGACUUUUGCCUUACAACAUCCAGUUACAAAUAGCAUCUAAGAAAAAGAGAAAAAAAAUCCCCUUUCUCACUGGACAUAACCCUUUUCAUCCUCAAACAAACAUCUUUAAUUGGGUUUGGAAUAUUAAUGGUGCCAGGCUAAUUGUUUAACCUUGUUACUUUUAAAGAAUGGACUGAGUGAUAUUUAAGGGUGGAAAAAGCUCUGUACGUGUUAUUGCACAUCAGGAUGUCUGGCUACUGGUUUCCGCCCUUGAACACGUGACCUGUAGUGCAUCACCACACAAGCCGAGCUCUCGGAAACAUUUGGUAUUCCCACCCAGCUUGAUGCAGAAGAUGCAAAUGUGCGAAUUAGAUUGUGGUUACAUUUAAAAGUACUUAAUUUAAAGGUGAUGCUGAGCAUUGGCAAAUGUAUUUCAGUGAGAAAAUAUAAAUAAAGCUUCAGAAAAGGAAAGUGUCUGCUAUGCUGAAGUAAGCAAUCGGACAGCACUCGUAUCUAUUGACAUUCCAGAGCUGGUUGUACAAAUCCCACAUUUCUAAUUUUCCACAGCAGGACCAGGCUUAAUGAGAGGAUCACUCUCAUUAUGUGGCACUUAUUUGAUCAAUUCUGGAGCGAUGACAGGCUGAGUGAGCCAGGAUUUGAACUCACAAAUUUACAAUUGUUAGUCGAGCGCUGUAAUCGCACACCACAUGGCCAGUGGCAUCUUAAACCGAGAUUUGUAGAUUAGGGGUUCUCAACCACGUAGUUACUAUGGCCCUUACAGGUAGCUGGAGCACUGGCAGCAUGAACAGCCUUGUUUUGUAUACUUGUCAAUCGCACAUGUUCCCCUCAAUGUAAACUCUGCCGCCUUUUUAUUCUCUCCCUGAUUACAAGUAAGCCAACACUUUAAAAUAACAAUGGUACUCACAAUCUACAUGUGUAAUUGAGCAUGCAGUAGUGUUUAUCUCGUGAGCCAGUGGUGGGAAUUACACAUUUGUAUACUUGAGACUCGAAUAUUCUUGUCACUACCACUGCUGACUUCUUACACAUUGGUUUUACAUUUAUUGACAAACAUACAUACUGUUGGAAGUACUAUUUGGGCCAGUGCUUUAUAAUGUCUGUUUAAAUUACCAUUCACAUACGUAUGUAGAACCACAAUCAGAAAAUUAAUACUGGAAUUAGGACAAAAGUCAGCGUUUCUCUUUUCAAACAAGCAAUUUUGUAGCACUCAACUCUAUUGGUGGUCCAGAGCCUGUAGUGGAGAUAGUUUAAUAUGAUGACCACUCUAACCGCAUAACCUCCAGGCUGGUUUCGGGAAUAGUGUAUAGUGCACUUUUACGUAAAAUGCCAAAGACACAAAUUCCAUUUUUAUUUUCUCCCAAAUAUGGACUCUUAUGUGGUCAUCGAGGUCUACUGCUUACAUCUCCUUGGAGUCUGUGGACCUGGUUGAGAACCCCUUUUAUAAUGUCUCAGGUGCCAGGCAGUAAGUGGUGCUAUGCAAUGGUUGCAUGCUGUAGGAUUGCUGCCAUUGGAAAUUCACAUCGUUAAUUGAUUAAGCACCAUCACAUUGCUGUGUGCUACUAAUAUUCCCAUAAGUAAAAUUGGGAAGAACUUGUCACACAAUGCAUUAAUUUUUUUUUUAAAGACUGUCCAAAAUUUCACACCUGAAAUAAUCCACAGUUGGUACUUUUUUCCCAUGUGCUGUUUAAUUUAUCAGUAAUUGCGUUGCACGUAUAAUAAGCAUGGUGAAGUGGCACAUGCAUUGACAUGCUAUGAAGGCUUAUGUUUGCUGAGGUUGCAGAUGAAAUUGUGUUCGUAAGCUGUGGAGAGAGAAUUGUGUUGCACAAAGACAUCGCACUGCGACAUGACCAGUUUUUGGGAGUAACAUGUUGCUAAUUGGAUUAAAAAGGCAGGUGCUGGUAGUCUCAUUAUUUAUCUGUUUCUUCAAUGUGUAAGCAGAAUAUCACUACUUAGGAUGUACCAUAUGGUUAUGAUUACUUUCAUUGAAACCAAAUGUACUGUUAUUGCAAAAACAAUUCAAAGGAAAAUGAUUACAAAUGAAACUUAAUUUUAAGACAGCAGCCAAUUAAUUUAUAUGUAGAUCAUUAUAUAAAGCCUGUAAUAAUAUUUAAAUUAUGUUAUUUCUUUAACAGUAAACCAACAUAGUGGACAUCACUGGUGAAUUCUUAAUCUACGUGAUCUGGCAAAUGACUCCUAAAAGAAACCUACAAUUUUUCAAGCAUAGCAUUUCACUUACUCAUUAUUCAUUUGUACCAGAACUGCCAGGGCAUGUGGAAAUUCAGUGAUGGUAGUCAUGGCUCACGCAGUCCCAUAUUGUUUGGCUAAUAGUAAUAACUAUAUCUACAGUCCACUGUGUAAUAAGGAUUUUAACCUUGAUUUUAAGCUUUCGUGACUGCAGGAAUCCAUACUAUGGUUCUUUCGGUAAAGUCACGCUUGUGUUGCGAUCGAAACGUCGUGAUCUAUUAUUUUUUCUACCUACGUGGCUUUACCGAAAUAUCCAAAGAGUAAGAAUUUUAAUAUUUGUGUGAUACGUUUUUAAAAUUCCUGGUGGAAACAGCAGCCCUCAUGCACACAGCGAACCAGUGAUACAUUAUCUCAGUUACACCACUGAACCAUCAUGAUACAAUUACAGCCGCACUUUCUGGAAUGAAAAUGUCAAUUGCACUUCUUCUGAACAAAGAAAGCAAUUACUGCUUUUUAUGGAAGGGAUACAAGGGACUGCGUUGACAGCUGUCCACAAACAAGAUUAAAUACACCACUCCGCCAUCUUCAUGAACACUGCCUUGAAUCGGGGAAAAAUGUAUGUUUUGAGAAAUGAAAAGGCAGCCACGAUAUUGACCGACUUAAAUAUAUGAGAUGUCUACGAAUAUAUUUCUUCAAGCUUACCACAUUGUAAAAAUCCAUUUCCAACUACUGUGUCAAAAUCAUCUCUCUGCUCCAAAAAAAGCUGUUUGUCUGAAAUGUUAUUCUACCGUAUAUUUCCCUAUUACUGGGCAGGAUUUAAUGAAGGUGGCCGAGCUUUUUGUUGUCUCGCAAUCACUUCUCAUAAUUGAUCGUCAUACAGUACAAUUAGAUUUGCUCCAAGCCUAAUUCGCACACUGCGUACGCACACAGGUCACCAAUUGCUAACUCACUUGACGUGUGAACUGUCAAGUGCUACGAGGUUAGUGAUGAAUGUGAGUUAUCCUCUACAGUCCGCGUCCAUUCAUAUUGUGCUGUCAUGUUGAAGCCAAAGUACAUUCGUGUAACCUACAAGCUAAACUAUGCCUUAAAGAAUAUAUGGGGGAGCCAAAUGAGGUACAUGACUAGAGAUUUUUUUUUUACAUUUGGUCCCUGUUUCCCAUACAGCGCCACUGUUAAAUCUGUAAUCUUUAACACGCAACAGAGCAUACACUAAAUAUUGCACGGCGCAAAUUUACUGUUACUAAAUAAUGUCGUUGUUCUUGUCGUGACUAUGACAUCCUCCCUCCUCUGUUCUGCUCGAGAAACUGAGCUUUUGUUCGUGACUAAACUCGUGUUUAAAAGAAGUUAAAAUACUUAGUUCAAAUGUUUUCAUUUGUGGCAGAUUGGUUAAGAAAGGACGUAUACUUUACUGGAGUUGUAUAGUAUAUACUAGAUACAUUUCUACGUUGACUAGCCUUAAUUACCAGAAAAAAAGCAAAGUAGACUUCUUAAUAUACAAAUUGACCACAACCACUAGCAGAAUUAAGUUAUUCAGAAAUAUAUUUCAGUAUUUUUUGUGCAUCGCUCAUUUGUUUUACCGAGUGAAAUUCGGUAGUCUAUUGCUUCAACCAGAACUGUUAUUGAAAUCAACGAAUACAAUGUUAUAUUGUUCACGGUGCAGAUGUUCUUAAGAUCGUUAUUCCAUCUUAAUGGGUGCUUGUUUGCAUAAAACGUCCUUUAUAUAUCCAGCCAGAGGCGUGAUGCGCACAUUGAAUUGAAACCCAAAGACAAUCUACAAAUGUGUGCAUCGCUCUUUACGUUUCUAUAAGUACCGUACUGUAAUUUUUUAAAGCAUAUAAAUACUGUAUAUUGUUGGAGAAAUAUGUACAUUUUGUAUCGACUUUGCAACUUUUUUCUGUGCUUCAGUUACCUUCUGUAAAUGUUUUUAAUUCAGAGGUUGUAUAUUUGGUUUAUGAGACUGAUGAAUGUAUAGCUUUUUGUUAAUAAACAUGACUGCAGUA